GGUACUUUUGCGAGCAAGGAACGCGCUGGGCAUUCUGGGUAGGGCACUUUGAAGCCGGCCAUAUUGCUUCAGCGUCCUGAGUGAAGGAGAGAGGGGAGAUGAAGGGGAUUCGGGGAAUCAGUCAGCUAUCGACAAGGCUUUACGCGGCCCAGGCUGCCCGUAAGGUGGAGUUCACUGGGGCCGCCGAACACGUUAAGUUUCAGCCGCAGGAUGUGCAGGUGACCAAACUGCCCAGUGGUCUGGUGAUCGCCUCACUUGAGAACUAUUCCCCAGCCUCCAAGAUCGGAGUGUGCAUCAAGGCUGGCUGUCGUUAUGAGACCCCAGAGAACCUGGGGGUCACCCACCUUCUUCGGCUGGCUGCUAGUCUGACAACCAAAGGAGCUUCAGCUUUCAAGAUAUGCCGUGGUGUUGAGGCAGUGGGAGGCAGUCUGAAUGUGACCUCAUCCAGAGAGAACAUGGUCUACACCGUUGACUGCUUGAGAGAUGACAUUGACACAGUGAUGGAGUAUCUGAUCAAUGUGACGACAGCCCCAGAGUUCAGGCCAUGGGAGGUGGCAGACCUCACAUCCAGGUUGAAGAUAGACAAAGCCCACGCUGCACACAGCUCUCAGAUAGCUGUGGUUGAAGCUCUGCACGCAACGGCCUACAAGAACGCCCUCAGUAACUCUCUGUACUGCCCAGACCACAUGAUCGGCAGCAUCCAGUCUGAGCACCUGCAUCAGUUUGUCCAGAACAAUUUCACAAGCGCAAGAAUGGCUCUUGUGGGACUUGGUGUUGACCACGCUGUGCUGAAGCAAGUUGGAGAGCAAUUCCUCAACAUCCGCAGUGGAGCAGGCACCACAGGGGCCAAAGCUCAGUAUCGUGGAGGUGAGAUCCGUCUGGCCGGCCUUGGCAGCCUUGUGCACUCAGCAGUGGUGGCUGAGUCGGCAGCAGCGGGAACCCGCGAGGCCCUGGCUUUCAGCGUGCUGCAGCAGCUACUGGGAGCUGGCCCACAUGUCAAGAGGGGGUCCAACGCCACCAGCAAACUGGUUCAGGGUGUUGCCAAGGCAACCGCUGACCCCUUUGAUGCCAGUGCUUUCAAUGCUAGCUACUCUGACUCUGGUCUGUUUGGGGUCUACACUAUUUCCCAGGCUGCAGCUGCUGGUGAUGUGAUUAAGGCCGCUCUCGCCCAGGUGAAGGCUGUCGCUGAUGGUGGAGUCACAGCUGCCGACCUCACUCGGGCCAAGGCCCAGCUGAAGGGGCAGUUCCUGAUGUCUCUGGAGACUUCAGAGGGUUUGCUGGAGGCCAUGGGCACUCACGCUCUGGCCGACGGAUCCUACCACUCACCUGAGGAAAUCUCCAAAAACAUUGACAACGUCUCCUUGACUGACAUCGCCAACGCUGCCAAGAAAUUUGUGUCAGGAAAGAAGACUAUGGCAUCCAGCGGCAACCUCAUAAAAACACCCUUCGUGGAUGAGAUCUAAAUUCCUUCUCAUCACCUCCGUGUACUGUAUCUAACUCUGACGGCAAAGCAAAGUUUGGCCCCCAUUUUCAUGAAAAACAGAAAGAAUUCAGAGGUCACCAUCCACCUGCAGUGCUGUUGUUCUGAGCGAUAUAAUGUCAUAACACCAUUGGGUAUUUAUAGGUGUUGUAACAGUAUAUUUUCAGGUGGUGCUGCUCUGGUGCAUCACAGUGUCGUGCUCCACUCAUCUGUCCACAUUAACUGUAUAGCUGAUGUAAAAUAAUGAAUAAAUUCUAUCUACCUUA